UCUGGGUACCAUCAGAUUGCAAUUCGGCCCGAGGAUCAACACAAAACCGCAUUUCAGACCAGCCAACGUGCUGCAGCAGUUCUAGUGGUCCACAAUGAUGAGAGACGCGAAGCUGUACAUGGAGACUUGUCAGGUAUGUCAGAGAGACAAGCCACGUACACAGGCCCCUCUUGGGCUUCUGAAGCCCCUUCCGAUUCCAGAAAGGCCCGGUGAGAGCCUGUCUAUGGACUUCAUGGACACACUGGUCACCAGCAAGAGUGGAAUGCACUAUGUCUAUGUCAUUGUGGAUAGGUUUAGCGAGUAUGCUAGGUUAGUCGCUAUGCCUGCAACAGCCAAAACGGAGUAUGUGAUUAGACUGUUCAAAGAGAACUGGGUCAGGGACUUUGAGCUUCCUAAGUCUAUUGUUAGUGACAGGGAUGUCAGAUUCACAAGUGAAUUCUGGAAGGCCGCAGCUGCAGAACAGGGUUCACAGCUGCAGAUGACCUCCGGGAACCACCCAGAGGCAAAUGGCCAAGCAGAGCAACUGAAUCGCGCUGGACAACACCUGUUGUGGCACUACAUGAAGCCUAAUCAGGUGGACUGGGAUGAGAAACUUGCUCUCAUCGCCAGCCUGUACAACAACGCUGUGCACAGCGCCACUGGGGUGAGCCCUAACAGUCUGUUACUGACUUUUAAGCCUAGACUACCCCUUGACCUCCUAUUACCUGAGAACCAGCUGACUGCUGCACCUGUAUAUACGGUGUCACUGAGGGCCCAGCUUCAGGAUCCUGGAAAGAAACUCGUGGGGGCGGCUCAUUAUUGCAGAGACCCAGCUGUUGCAAGCAAUCGGUGUACUGCUGUUUCAUGGGUUCCGAAUUCGGAAGGGCUCUUCGUCUCGGCUCAUGCUGAUGGCAAUAUUUACGUUUAUGACAAGUUCGGGUAUCAAACGGAGAUGCCGGAAGCAACUAAGGAAGAGAAAAAUGCCUUUGUGAUUAAGAUGGCACCAGCGACAAACCAGGGAGAGAUGGACUCGUUGGUAGAAGAGAAGAGAAUCCAACUCAACAACAGGUUGGUGGCUGCAAAAAGGCAGGAAUAUUAUGAUAAAAAAAGGAUGAAGGAGGAGGGGGAGAGGUUGCAAGCACUGCUGAAGGAGCAAAAGGGAAAGCAAGCGGCAACAAAAGAAUGGUUAGCUCUCAUGACUGACACUCUCCUCAAUACUAACGAAGAGCUUGGUGCCCUCCAUCAAUCCAUUAGUAGACUGGAACUCCAUCAGGGAGAGUUUGAGGGAACCUGGAAUAACUUCAUGCGCACAGCCUCUCACCAGAUAGAUGACCGUAUCAUUGAGUACAUAAAACAGCUAGACAAGGCCCUCGUCAAAAAGAUAACCGACCCUGCCGUAGUAAGGAAGUUAAAGCUUAGUGGCGGGGGAGGAGAUGGAGGUGGUGAUGGUGAUGAUGGAAACAAAAAGAAGGCUCCCAAGAAGGAAGGGGACAGUGAAGCAGAGGAGUCCAGGCUAAAGAUGAGGGUGAAGCUGCCAUGGAUGUAUAACGGGAAGAAGGAAGAGAUCAUCUUCCACUGGGAGGCAGAUAUGGACACAUACUUACACGCAUAAAAGAUUCUGUAUUGGACCGCGUAUCAAUGGGAAGUUCAUGUAUGGUAGGGGACGUCGUUAGCUUUGCCAUCUCUUUGAUGAAAGAGGCUGGCUGCACUUCCAUGGUUCAAUACUCGCAGAGAACGCGUAUUGAGGAUUUCUUCAGGACCCUUAGAGAAAGAUUUGAAGAUAAAAACCUUACCCGUAG